AGAGCCGCCGGUGGAUGGUCCGGAUUUUGAUUAGUGAUGCCUUGAUGCGCACAGACCACGCUGCUGUAGGUAUGGAUGCCUUCGAGUUGUUUCGGAAACUCGGAGCAGGAGCUAAAUUUGACCUGAAGAGGUUUGGUCAAGACGCUGCCAGGUUUAAGGUUGCCAGGUCUCAGGAAGAGAAAGCGUCCUCAGAUCGUCUCCCUGUGAUCGAUUACUUUGGCACAGGACCAACCAAUGGAGCCCAGAACAGCUCCGUAGGACAGGAGGAGGAGGAGGAGGAGGAGGAAGGAGAGAAGUAUGAGGUGGAGUAUUGUGGCGCAGGAGGCAAAAGAAAGCAAAAGGAUGAAGAGAGAGACGUGAGGACAAAAAAGAAAAAGACGAAAAGAAACCAGGUGGAAGCUGGUGGCAUACCUCUGAAAGACGUAGAGGGAAACGGCAUCACCUGGACCUCCUCAUUGGACAGAAAGAUCCAAAACCUGCCGAGUGAUGGGAAGGAGAAAUCCACACUGAAGAGGCUGAAGCAUCUUCAUCAGGAAAAGGUGAAUCGUAUUCGCUCUCAACACCGUAUAAAUGUGCAUGGCUGCGAUGUACCCGACCCAGUGUGCACGUUUGAGGAGCUGCAGUCCGAGUAUCGUCUUAACCAGCGCGUCAUUCAAAACCUCAAAGACGCAGGGCUGAACUCUCCGACACCAGUACAGAUGCAGGCGAUCCCGCUCAUGAUGCAUGGCCGGGAGCUCCUGGCCUGCGCUCCCACAGGAUCAGGAAAGACUUUGGCUUUCUGUCUCCCGCUGCUCGCCCACCUGCAGCAGCCGGCCAACCUGGGCUUCAGAGCUGUGAUCAUCUCCCCGACCAGAGAACUGGCCAGUCAGACCUACAGAGAGCUGCUCCGCCUGUCAGAGGGAGUAGGAUUUAGAGUUCACAUCAUAGACAAAGCCUCCCUGGCAGCCAAGAAAUAUGGACCACAGUCGAACAAAAAAUAUGAUAUCCUCGUCAGUACUCCAAACAGACUCGUCUUCCUUCUCAAGCAGGAUCCUCCAGCUCUUGACCUCAGCAGUGUGGAGUGGCUAGUUGUCGAUGAGUCCGAUAAGCUGUUUGAGGGCGGUAAGACAGGCUUCAGGGAGCAGCUCGCCACAGUUUUUCUGGCUUGCUCUGGUUCAAAGGUGCGCAGGGCGUUCUUCAGCGCCACCUGCACAUCAGAUGUGGAACAGUGGUGCCGUCUGAACCUUGACAACCUGGUGUCUGUCAACAUUGGACACAGGAAUGCGGCAGUUGAAACGGUGGACCAGGAGCUGCUGUUUGUUGGGACAGAGAACGGCAAACUGGUGGCCAUGAGGGACAUUAUCAAAAAAGGUUUCCUGCCUCCCAUGCUGGUGUUUGUGCAGUCUAUAGAACGAGCACGGGAGCUUUUCCAUGAGUUGGUGUAUGAAGGUAUCAAUGUAGACGUGAUCCACGCAGACCGCACACAGCAGCAGAGGGAUAACGUAGUCAACAGUUUUCGCUCCGGUAAGAUUUGGGUAUUGAUCUGCACAGCUCUGCUAGCCAGAGGAAUCGACUUCAAAGGAGUCAACCUUGUACUGAACUAUGACUUCCCCACCAGCUCUGUGGAGUACAUCCACCGAAUUGGUCGGACUGGUAGGGCCGGACAUCAGGGGAAGGCCAUCACCUUCUUCACAGAAAAUGACAAGCCACUACUCCGCAGUAUCGCUAAUGUCAUAAAACAAGCUGGCUGUCCUGUACCCGACUACAUGACUGGCUUCAAGAAGAUACACAGUAAAGUGAAGCGGAGACUUGAGAAGAAGCCUCCCGUGAGAAGCACCAUUUGCACAACUCCUCGCUUCCUAAUGAAGAAAAAAGCCAAAGGACCAAAUAAAGGACAGAAAGGAGAGAAGCAGGCAGUGGGUGGAGAGCAGAAAGGAGAAAGUGGAUCUCAAACAGCAGUGCAGCAGCAGAAAGGAGAGAAGAAGACAAAAGGACCGAGGAUGAAGAGAAGAAAUAAAACACAGAAAGAAGGGGGAACAGAAAAACACAAGAAGGCGUCUCAGAAGAUGGGCUCAAAUUACUCUGGAGCCAAGUUAAAAAAGUAAGGAAGGAAAAAGGGGAAGAAAAAUAAGCCACAAGAGGAAUAGAGGAGAGCUGUAUGAACAGACUGCUAUGAAGAUCGACGUGGAUAUUUCUUUACAUCUUGCAGUCUGACUUACUGCUAAUUUUCACAUUUUUGGUAUGUGUUAUGGUAUAAAAUAAACAGUUUUAUAUUA